AUGAAUAUCCAUAAAAUUAGAAACUGCGUUUAUAUUUAUAUAUUCAAAUAUUAAUCAAUUGAACUAGUUGACCAAUUAUAGUAAGUUGAACCAGAUAAUCUGAAGUUUAUAAAUUAAAAAGGUUUAAAAUUUCUCCUAUUUUAAGCUAAUAAUUUAUAGAAUCGAGUAAGCUGCAUAUUUGAAUAACUUAAUCGAAUACGCAAUAUAAGUAUACAAAGAUAUAAUUAAAAUUAAUUCAACAUUUGAACUAUCAUAUUAAUAAAUAGGUAUCCCAUAUAUUAAUUAUUUAGCUGAAAUCUUAAAUUGUUAUUGAAAUUAAAGUUUAAGAGAUUAAAAGUAAUAUUAAUAAGUGAAGGAAUAUUAUAAUUAAUUCAUUUGAAUAAAUCAAAGUAAUUCAGCUACUUUUGAAAAAUCAUCAAAUCUAAUUGUUUUAUAUUUAUUAUUUUAUAAAUUAUUUCUAGUAUUAACUUUAUUUUUUAAAUAUAUUCUUAAUGUAUNAAAAGAAUUGAAUAAAACUAUUAAGACAUUUGAAACAUUAACAAUUGAUGAUAUUAAAAUAUAAGAAAUAAGCGAUAAUUCAACUCAUUUAAAAUAAUAAGAUUCAAUCGAAACUUAGAAAAAAUAAAAAGCAUAAGAAUUAUAAUUGAAAGAUGAAUAAAAAAGAUAAAAAAUUGUAGGCAAAUAAUUACUAGAUUAUGAAUAAGAUGAUGAAGCAUGUAAAUUCUAACCUAAUUCUUCAAAAGAUGGUAUUAGUGCAGGAAAUUAUCUCCUAAAGGGUAAAUCAAUUCAUUUAUAAUAUUAAUCAAGGCAAUUCAUUACUAAAUUAAAAUAAUUAUGAGGAAGCCAUUUAGUGCUUUGAUGAUGCUAUAAAAAUCAAUCCUAACAAUUGUUUAGCAUUCAAUAACAAAGGUAUAUGAUUUGAUUAUUUUAUUUUAGGCAAUGCAUUAUAUUAAUUGAAUCGUUUUGAAGAAGCUAUUAAGUGCCACGAUUAAGCUUUAACUAUCAAUCCUAAUAAUUGUUUAGCAUUCAAUAACAAAGGUAACCGAUUUUUUUUAUACUUAAUUUAGGAGAUGCAUUAUAUAAAUUAAAUCGUUUUGAAGAAGCCAUUAAGUGCCAUGAUAGUGCUUUAAAUAUAAAUCCAUAAGAUUGUGAUGUGCUCAAUAAAAAAGGUAAUAUUUUUUCAUUUUUAAUUUAGGCAAUUCAUUAUAAAAUUUAUAUCGUUUUUAGGAAGCCAUUAAGUGCUAUGAUAAAAUCUUAACAAUCAAUCCUAAUAAUUUUUUAUCUUUCCAUAACAAAGGUAUUUGAAUUUUUUAUUUAUUUUAUUUUAGGCAAUGCAUUAUAUAAAUUGAAUCGUUUUGAGGAAGCGAUUAAGUGCUAUGAUAAUGCUUUAAAAAUCAAUCCCCAAGAUAAGGAGGCACAAACAAAAAGGCUUAGUGCUUUAGGUAUGCUAAAGAAACAAUAAUGA